ACAAAGUUGUGAUGAGAGAUGCACACAAGAGAGUUGGGAGCACAGUUCGAAGCUGCUGAAGCCAGCUGGGGAAAAAAGGUGAAAGCCCCGAAACAGAGCAAGACUGGUGGAAUGCCAGGAUGAACAUGACAACACUCUACACGGGAGGCAUGAGCGUCUACAGCCAAGGAAACGCCUCGGGCAAUGGAAGCUCUGGUACCCUGGGCUCCUUAAACAUCGAGAACAAAGUGAUGAACGUCUUCAGCAUUCUCGUCCUCGCCAUCACCAUGACAUCUCUCGGUUGUUCGAUGGAGAUUUCGAAAAUUAGGGACCAUUUAUUUAAGCCAAAAGGAGUAGCCAUUGCACUGGUGGCCCAGUUUGGUAUCAUGCCAUUCACUGCUUUCUGUACAGCAAAGUGGUUACGGAUGAACGACUUAAAGGCUGUGACUUUGCUCAUAUGUGGCUGUUGUCCAGGGGGAACCUUAUCCAACAUCUUUACCCUGGCCAUUAAGGGCGACAUGAACCUCAGCAUUGUGCUGACCACUUGUUCCAGCUUCGCAGCCCUGGGUCUGAUGCCUUUAAUGCUCUACAUUUACUGUCAAGGCUUUGCCAAUCUGACACACGCCGUGCCGUACGUCAGCAUCGUCACGACUCUUGUGCUCACGCUGGUGCCGUGUGCCAUUGGCAUAACCAUCAAGUAUUACAAGCCAAAGUACACAGCGGUGAUCCAAAAAGUCGGCUUCAGCAUCCUGGUCCUCUUCUCCGUCCUGGCUGUAAUCCUGUGUGGCGUUGCCGUCAAAGAACUCCUAUGGAAGGUUCUCACACCAGAUAAUUUGACAGCGGCCGCACUGAUGCCGGGGAUUGGCUACAUCCUGGGAUAUGUCCUGUCGCUUAUUUUCAGAUUCAGCGCUCCAUGCAGGAGGACCAUCUCCAUGGAGACAGGGUGUCAAAACAUUCAGCUGUGCUUUGCCAUUCUGAAGGUGGCUUUCCCCCUGGAGGUCAUCGGACCCAUGUUUCUCUUCCCACUGAUCUACAUGACGUUCCAGAGCGUCGAGGCCCUUCUCCUGAUCCUGUGUUUCAGAUGUUACCAAACACUCACGGCGCCAGCUGAGGAUUUGCAAGAGUACACCAAUGUUGACAUUAAACCAGGGGAGCCAUGAUGAUGACGCUGGCAGGCCUGACUACUGACACAAUAAUUGUAUAAAAACUAAUACUUGCAACGUCCACUAACUUGGAGAAAGUAGCUCCCAGGAUUAACCCUGAGGUUACAAGUCUCGGCAUUGUAUUGGAUCCAGAUCUUAGUUUCUAGUACUCAAGAUACUGAACAACUAAUACAUGCCUUUAUCUCAAGCAGACUUGACUAUUGUAAUGUACUUUUCACUGACCGCCCAAAGACUGACAGACUUCAGUUCAUCCAAACCUCUGCUGCUCGUUUAAUAACCAGAUCCAGGAAGAGAGAGCAUAUGGGUCCAUAUGUUAGCAUAUGUACCGCAAAGAACAUUGUGAUCGUCCACUGCUGGUUUGUUGAAAGACAUUAGGGGAUGCUGCCUUUGUUACUUACGCCACUAAACUUUGAAACACACUACACUUGGAUAUCAGGGAAGCCAGCUCACUAGAUAUUUUUUUAAAAGAAGACUUAAAACAUCUUAACUAGCUCCUUUUUAUUC